AGACACACACUCCCCCUCCCCCCCGGAAGCCUGGCUCUAGAGUGAGCCUUCCCCCUGGGGGAAGGCUAACUCUAGAGCAGGAGAACCCCCGGCAGGGCACUAAAUGAUUUUGCUUAAGUCGUUCAUUAAACUCAAGAGAAGAAAACGGUCAAUAAAACACAUUGGAAUUAAUAAGUCAUAGACCUUGAACUUUGUCCCACACAAUACCUAUGCCUUGGUUAGUUUUAGAAGAUUGAAAAAUGAAAUGAGGAAAUUUCGAAUUUAUGUUUCUUCUCAUCUGCGUACAAAUAUCGGUUAUGCUUUUAAACUUGCACAAUUUCAGCCGGGUAGGUAGGUAAGUAGAGAGGUAGGUAGGUAUAGGUAGAGAGGUAUGCAAAGGUAGGUAGGUAAGUAAUUCCCUAUCCGAUAAACUAAAAUUUAUUUCAUAAUUUGCGCAGGAGAGGAUGAAAGCGGGGGUGUCCCUCUAGAGCGAGACUUCAAGAGGGUUUUAUGGCUCUAGAGUGAGUCUUCCCCCUGGGGGGUAAGGUUUAUUCUAGAGUAAGUCUGCAGGGGGAAAGGAUCACUCUAGAGCGAGACUACCGGGGGAAGGCUCACUCUAGAGCCAGAUUUCUGGGGGGAAGGCUCACUCUAGGGCCAGAUUUCUGGGGGGAAGGCUCACUCUAGAGCCAGACUCCGGGGGAAGUCUCACUAUGGGGGAAAUCUGGCUCUAUAACACCGGUACUAGUGGAUAAACAAAUGACUCCCUCUCCAUUCUCUUUAAAUUGUACAUCUUCUUAUCCUCGAACUCUUAAACUGAACUAAAAAAUAAUAUCUCAUGUUGUUUGUUGUUGUUUUUUUUUAAUUUUACUCCCCAAAAAUAUGGAAACUAAAAUGAAAGUUUUGUUCAUAUAUAUCGCCAAAAAAAAAAAUGUGAUAAAUAAAUCGAUUGCAUUGGAAUAGGAUCAUUAUUGUGACGUUCUUUGUCAGCCAUCAAACUCGGUGAGUAACUGAAAGCGAUCACGGAGCACAGGCUAUUAUAUCUUGCCUGUGGGAAAUCCUAGUGAUUCUACAUGUAGGAUCGGUGGAGAGUUUGGAUGUAUUAUCGUGAUGAUAAGCGCUGACAAAUUAACCUACGAUUUUCAGUACACGAAAUAUCCAUGAUAAAAUCAAUCAAUAUAAGCCUAGACACAUUUCAUGUGUACAAAGUGUGUCAAUUGAACCAGAAUUUUAACGCGGACGUCCUUGAGAGCAUCGGAAUGGAAGUGCAUUUCGUGUCGGGAAUUUCAAUCCACUAAGUGGAUACAUAGUACUACCAGGGGCGGAUCCAGGAAUUGCGGUUAGGAGGGGGUGCAACUUAAUGAGACAGGGGGUCUGGGGGCCGCCUUGAGGCCCUCGGUAGUUCGCCCUGGACGGGGCUCAGGGAGCGAAGCCCCCGGGAACACCUGGACUUCACAGAUUUUAUAGAGCGUGAAAUAUAUCUCCUAUGUAGUAAUUUUUACUAUUUUCUGUCAUGCUUAAUAAUAAAGGUGAAAUUAAUCAAAUGACGCAAAUUUUAAGGGUUUGGGGGAUGUAUAUUCUCCCAGUAAAAGUAACUCAAUAAUUCAAAAGAUUUUGUUAUUUAUUUCUCUGAGAGUGGAGGGAAUUAUUGCUUUUAUCGUUUACAUUUUUCUAAACGAGACCACGGGCUACCUUAAAUUUGAAAAUUUAAUGGGAGAGGGGGGUCGCCGGAUGCGCCCCCUUGAAUCUGCCACUGACUACAUACAUAGUACUACAACAGCACACCGUACUAAUCUAAAUCAUUUUAUCAAAAGUUGGAUUAUUAAUUUUCAUAUUGAUAUUUCUACCUGUUCCCAAAGUUGUCACGUUUCUAUGGAGCGCCAAAUUAACAUAAACUCAAAUAAUUGAAGAUAUCUUCAAUUAUUUGAAGAUAUCAUCGAUUCAAUUAUUGCUCUCUUUAAUCAAUUAUUGCUCUCAUCAAUUGAAUUCAUGCGCGCAUCAAUUGAAUUAAUGAGAGCAAUAAUUUAUUUAAUGCGCGCAUUAAUUCAAUCAUUGCUCUCUUCAAUUCAAUUGACGCGCGCAUUAAUUGAAUUAAUGAGAACAAUAAUAUAUUUGACGCGCGCAUUAAUUCAAUUAUUGCUCUCUUCAAUUCAAUUGAUGAGAGCAUCAAUUUAGUAGAAAUAUUGCUCGCAAUAAUUAAUUUAGAGUUCAGUAUAAAUAAUUUGAUGAUCUUUUAAUUCAAUUGAAGGUAUCUUUAAUUAUUUACAAUGCUUUUUUAUAAGGAAUUAAUGCACGCAUCAAUUCUUUUAAAGAGAGCAACAAUUCAAUUAAAGAUAUCAUUGAUUGAAUUGUGGAUAUGUUGAAUUGAAGAUAUCUUUGAUUAUAUAGUUGCUCUCUCUAAUUAUUGCUCUCUUCAAAUGAAUUAAAGAUAUCAUUAACCAAUUGAAGAGAGCAAUAAUUGAAUUAAUGCGCGCAUUAAAUCAAUUAUUGCUCUCAUCAAAUGAAUUAGUGCGUGCAUCAAUUCAAUUAUUGCUCUCAUUAAUUGAUUUAAUGCACGCAUUAUAUCAAUGAUUGCUCUCUUCAAUUGAAUUGUAGCGAGCACCAAUUCAUAUCGUUGAUAUCAUUAAUUCAUUUGAAGAGAUCUUUAAUUCAAUUAAAGCGCUUAUCAAUUCAGCUGAAGAAUUAAUGCUAACAUCAAUUCAAUUAAUGCGCGCAAUAAUUCAGAAUUGAAGAUAUCAUUAAUUAUUUGAAGAGAUCUUUAAUUCAAUUGUUGCGCGCAUGAAAUGAAUUGAUGAUAUCUUCAAAUAAUUGAAGAUAUCUUCAAUUAUUUGAGUUUAUGUUAAUUUGGCGCUCCAUAUGUUUCUACAAUGUAAAUGAAAUAAAAUGUUGUUGGGCGUUGAUAAUACUGGAAAUUGCUGCUCAAUUUACCAGCGUCUGAAAUACACCUCGAGGGCAUUGCAAACCAAGCAUAUAAAUCCUUCUACAUGUUAUUUAAAAAAAACAAAACCCAUUACACUCCGAUUCACACUGGGACGCUGUCGAUCACUUGCAUCACAUGAUAUCCAAUUGAAACCAAUUUAUUCGACAAUUAUACUGCAAAUAAAUGGCUUUUGACAACGUAAAUCCAAAUCCGGUUAUUUACUUUCAAUGGUGCAGAAAAUAAAUUAAAAUGUUCUGUUCAAAGUUUUGAACUAAUUCUGUGAGCCAAUGUAUAUACUCGGGUAUAUUGAUUUUUAAGUUUAAUUUGUUAGCAGGAUUUUACAUACAUUAACUAUUUUCGUUACAAAUUCAUGCAAUGGCCAAUAAAAUAUGAAUGAAAGUUCUACAGAAUUAGGGGGGGGGGGGGUUCACAGGAACUUAAAAAUAUUCACUAUGUAACACACACACACACACACACACACACACAUAUAUAUAUAUAUAUAUAUAUAUAUAUAUAGCGACUUUUAUUAUUGGAUAUAUAUAUAUAUAUAUAUAUAUAUAUAUAUAUAUAUAUAUAUAUACACACACACAUACGCGCGCACGUAGAUUAUCUCUUUCACCACAUGCACUUACAAAGAGUGUAUAAAGAUUUCACACGGUAUUCUUAUAGUACAGAUACUGAUAAGGGACGAAAAUUGAUGAAUAAAAUUCGUCAUAAAGAACUCCAACAGUUGUUAAAGGGACGGGAUAUUGACACGUCCAUUGUGCUUUUAACAAACGAUUAUCCCGCGUUCACCUGUUGAACGAAGUGUUCCGAUCUUUGAUCUAUGACCCGCGUCCUGAAUUAGCCCUAUCCGAACCGGAGACAACCUGGAGAGAAAUACAGUCCCAGGACGAAACUCUUGAAACUUCCGAAAGCAGGCAUUAGUAUAGCUAAUUAGUUAAAGUAUUACGUGAGAAGUUUGUAGUUACCUGAGUCUCGCUGCGUGCAUUUCUGAUCAAUGCGAGGCUCUGCGUAUGCGAUUCACCACACCAUACUGCACGGGAGUGUGUGUGUAAACCGAAAGAAGUAACUUUUAGAGAAGGCAGCGAUAUGCUUUCAGGCAUCAGAGACUUGUGAUAACAACCACCAAGCUUCUGAGGAGAAUGCGUCGCUUUAUUUACUUCUGAGCGAAAGGCGGCGAGGAAAUGUGGGCUGGUAAUGGUCUCACAUUGGAGUGUCAUCAUGUCUUUCACAUGGAUUAUUGUCGAACAAAUACAGGUCUCGGAUUUAGUAAGCUUCAGACAGACGGCGGUUGAAUAUACAGACUCGUGUAGGGCUGGACAAUGUAGUGCGAGUUUUUUUCUGGAUUUAGCACCUUGCCCCCCUCCCACAAUAUCUCACUUGUUGUGUGUUACACCAGCAAACCUUACUUGCCCGGAAAGGACGCAUAUAUUACAAAAAUGUAUUUUAUAUUUAUCAGAAGAUGCAAAAACUCAAGUUUUUAAAAAGUGCAAUCAAUCUUCAAGCGUGCAAUGUGACGAAUUCUUCAAUGUUUGUAAGAAAUUUUCUAAGUUCGAUUGUGGGAAACCUGUAUUCAUUAAACCCCCACCUACCACUACCCCUCUCCCUACCCCUCCCCAGGUAACUACCCUGCCACCGACAGUUCUAUCAAAUUCCUCUGGUAUGAAUGAUUCUGAUCUAACUGUAAAUGACAACAGACCGGAAAUUCGGGUCACGAAUGCAGGCGUCGGGGACCGGAACUGGUGGCCUCUGUUGUCUCUACUGGUGAUACCAUUGGUUGUUGUUUUGGGAUUUGUUAUCGUCCUUUGCAGAAAAAGACGUAGAAGAAAAUAUGAAAAGUCAACACCUGACAUUCACAAUGGAGACACUCACAAUGGAGAGGAAAAGUUAAUGAACUUAAAGGAUGUAGACGAGGGGAGGAAAAAACAGAGAGAUUCCUACAUCGGCCAUGGAGAUCAGUUUGAGAAAUUUAAGUAUAUCGACGAGGAUAUGGAUGACAAUACAUUUACAUGAGACUAUUUCCACCAUGGCAAUGGUGUAUUUACUGCUAACUAUAAAUCAUUCAAAUUAGUUGUAAUUAGGUAUUAAAUUUAGCUUUAUGUUUUAUCUUUACAAUAUGUCGGUUUACAAUUUAAAAUGGCAUAGAGGCAGCAGACUU